AUGCAACCGCCGACCCCUCCAAUGACGCCAUUUGAGCAGGACGUCACAAGAGCGUUUCAGCUGUUGGGCUCCGUUCGCGUUCAGUCGGCCAUGUUACACCGCAGCACGACUUUCUGUGUGGAUCGCUGUCUCGACACGGAGGAGCUGUACACGCUGCUGCGCACCACGCAGGCCCCAAUUCGAUAUCGACUGAACGCAGACCUCGCAGAGAAAAAGUGCGUCACGAGCUGCAGCGCCAAGUGGGAUGAGCUGUACCGCAUGACAAACAUGCGUGUGAACGAGGAUGAGACGCGGAGGGUGCAGUUGAAUGCCAUGUCGUCCAUGAUGGAGGCCAUGCGACAGUGA